GCUAAUUCAAAGAUGAACUCAGGGAAAUUUGAAUUCUUGCUACUUCUACUCCUGUUCACCUCCUCCACUUCUUAUGCUUGGUUUGGUAGUAAACACAAGAGUUUCACUUCGAGUGCAAAUGCAAGGAACACCAUUCUUUCACAUGAACCUUCAUCGUCGUCGUCAUCAUCAUCAUCACCAUCAUCUUCGUUUCUUCUAAACCGUUUUCGUGCUGGCUCAUCCGUCGUGUUUCCGGUUCACGGCAAUGUUUACCCUGUUGGGUUUUAUAACGUUACUCUCAACAUAGGCCACCCACCUAGGCCAUAUUUUCUUGACAUUGACACGGGUAGCGACCUCACAUGGCUUCAAUGUGAUGCCCCUUGUUCCCGUUGCUCUCAGACACCUCACCCGCUUUACAGGCCCAGCAAUGACUUGGUGCCAUGCAGGCAUCACCUCUGUGCAUCAUUGCACCACACUGAUAACUACGAGUGUGAAGUGCCAAAUCAAUGUGACUACGAAGUUGAGUAUGCAGAUCAUUACUCAUCCCUUGGUGUACUUGUCAAUGAUGUCUAUACUCUCAACUUUACAAAUGGAGUCCAACUCAAAGUUCGUAUGGCACUUGGAUGCGGAUAUGAUCAGAUUUUUCCAGAUUCAUCUUACCACCCUUUAGAUGGAAUGCUUGGGCUUGGCAGGGGAAGAUCCAGCUUGAUAUCACAGCUGAAUAGUCAGGGUUUGGUGCGAAAUGUUGUUGGACACUGUUUGAGUGCACAAGGAGGAGGAUCUAUUUUCUUUGGAGAUGUUUAUGAUUCUUCUCGACUAACUUGGACUCCAAUGUCAUCCAGAGAUUACAAACAUUACUCAGCAGCAGGGGUAGCUGAACUCAUUUUUGGAGGGAAGAGAACUGGGCUUGGAAAUCUUCUUGCUGUUUUUGACACUGGGAGUUCUUACACUUACUUCAACUCUAAUGCUUACCAAGCACUACUUUCUUGGUUGAAGAAGGAAUUAGCUGGCAAGCCUCUACGAGAAACACAUGAUGACCAAACUCUCCCUCUAUGUUGGCAUGGUAAAAGACCUUUCAAAAGCAUAUAUGAAGUUAGAAAAUACUUCAAGCCAAUGGCCCUUAGUUUCACCAGCAAUGGGAGAACUAAAUCUCAGUUUGAAAUCCCUCCUGAAGCAUAUUUGAUAAUAUCUAACAUGGGAAAUGUUUGCUUGGGCAUUCUAAACGGCUCUGAAGUAGGGAUGGGGGAUUUGAACCUAAUUGGAGACAUAUCCAUGCUAAACAAAGUGAUGGUAUUUGACAAUGAAAAGCAAUUGAUUGGUUGGGCACCUGCAGAUUGUGACAGGGUUCCAAGAUCCAGAGAUGUCAGCAUUUGAUCACAAAUGAUAACUUCUU